CAUGCUCGCCGGACUGGCGAAGGACCGGGGCGCCAUGAUUGGUUGGCGCUGGGGCGGCGGGCGGCGGAAGGGCCUGGCGAGUCUGGGUUUUAAGCCUGUGCUGGACUUUCUCCUUCCAUGUUUCCAGGCCUUGGGGGACUGCAGAGGGAGGGGAAUCGGCGCAGUGGAAACCUGGAUUUGGUUCUAAGAACCGCGGGGUUGAGAAGGGGUGACCGGAAGUGAUUUUAGGACUGACCGGAAGCGAGGCCUGGAGGGGAAAGAGCGAGCAGGUCCCGGGAGGGAGGGGGCUUCCAGCAGAAGGGGCGGGGGGAAAGGUUUGCAAAAGCGGCGUGGGAGCGCCGGUCUGGCUUUCUGGCGCUGCCGCUGCCCAGUUUGGGAAGCAGCGAGCGACCACCACGAGCUCAAGGGAGUGGGAGUGUGGGAGUCCAGAGCUGCCCCUGGGAAGUCUGGAACAGUUGAGCAGAGGGGGCCUCACCUUCCUGAGAGCUGGGCGGGAGAAGGAUUUUGGAAGUCGGGGCAGCCAAGAGCGAGGAGCCUGGGGCACCGGAGAUUAGUUGUGCGAGCAGUGCUGGACGGGCUUGGGGGUGGCUUGGUGGGCACUGGGGUGGGAGAUCUCGGUUUGGAGUUUUCUGCUGUCUUACCCCUGUUGGGUAGAAUCACGUUCCGCGCCUUUGUACAAGAAACGGUGGUGUCUCCCGAGGCAAGGACGGAGCCAGGAUGGCUUGGGCUCUGAAGCUGCCUCUGGCCGAUGAAGUGAUUGAAUCCGGGUUGGUGCAGGACUUUGAUGCUAGCCUCUCGGGGAUCGGCCAGGAACUGGGUGCUGGUGCCUAUAGCAUGAGGUUUGACCAGAGGGAACCCCUUCAAAAUGGCUUGCACGCAGAGAAGCCUUUUAAAAUUAAGGCCUUGUUGAUGCCUAUUGUCCAGAGUGAUGUCCUCGCGUUACCCAUUUUUAAGCAAGAAGAGUCAAGUUUACCUCCAGAUAAUGAGAAUAAAAUCCUGCCUUUUCAAUAUGUGCUUUGUGCUGCCACCUCUCCUGCAGUGAAGCUCCAUGAUGAAACCCUGACAUACCUCAAUCAAGGACAGUCUUAUGAAAUUCGAAUGCUAGACAAUAGGAAACUUGGAGAACUUCCAGAAAUUAAUGGCAAAUUGGUGAAGAGUAUAUUCCGUGUCGUAUUCCAUGACAGAAGGCUACAGUACACCGAACAUCAGCAGCUGGAGGGCUGGAGGUGGAACCGACCUGGAGACAGAAUUCUUGACAUAGAUAUCCCAAUGUCAGUGGGCAUAAUCGAUCCUAGGGCUAAUCCAACCCAACUGAAUACAGUGGAGUUCCUGUGGGACCCCGCAAAGAGGACAUCUGUGUUUAUUCAGGUGCACUGUAUUAGCACAGAGUUCACUAUGAGAAAGCAUGGUGGAGAAAAGGGGGUGCCCUUCCGAGUACAAAUUGAUACCUUCAAGGAGAAUGAAAACGGGGAGUAUACCGAGCACUUGCACUCAGCCAGCUGCCAGAUCAAAGUGUUCAAGCCCAAAGGUGCAGACAGAAAGCAAAAAACAGAUAGGGAGAAAAUGGAGAAACGAACACCUCAUGAAAAAGAGAAGUAUCAACCUUCCUAUGAGACAACCAUACUCACAGAGUGUUCUCCAUGGCCCGAGAUCACAUAUGUCAAUAACUCCCCAUCACCUGGCUUCAACAGUUCCCACAGCAGUUUUUCUCUUGGGGAAGGAAAUGGUUCACCAAACCACCAGCCAGAACCACCCCCUCCAGUCACAGAUAACCUCUUGCCAACAACCACACCUCAGGAAGCACAGCAGUGGUUGCAUCGAAACCGUUUUUCUACGUUCACAAGGCUUUUCACAAACUUCUCAGGGGCAGAUUUAUUGAAAUUAACUAGAGAUGAUGUGAUCCAAAUCUGUGGCCCUGCAGAUGGAAUCAGACUUUUUAAUGCAUUAAAAGGCCGGAUGGUGCGUCCAAGGUUAACCAUUUAUGUCUGUCAGGAAUCAUUGCAGUUGAGGGAGCAGCAGCAACAGCAACAGAAGCAUGAGGACGGAGACUCAAAUGGUACUUUUUUCGUGUACCAUGCUAUCUAUCUAGAAGAACUGACAGCUGUUGAAUUGACAGAAAAAAUUGCUCAGCUUUUCAGCAUUUCCCCUUGCCAGAUCAGCCAGAUUUACAAGCAGGGGCCAACAGGAAUUCAUGUGCUCAUCAGUGAUGAGAUGAUACAGAACUUUCAGGAAGAAGCUUGUUUUAUUCUGGACACAAUGAAAGCAGAAACCAAUGAUAGCUAUCAUAUCAUACUGAAGUAGGAGUGGGCAUUCCGUGCUCAGUGGCUGCUGCUUUCUUCACCUCUAGAAAACGGCCCUCUCGAAGAGGGGUAUGAAUGGAGAUCUGAAGGUCUGCAGGAACCUGACCCCUCUGACUGUGUGUGGGGGAGUCCAGGCCAUGGAGGCAGAAUCGCGGCCCUCUGUGUUGGCCCAGGCUCUGUGACACACAGAUUGCUGCCCAACAUGCCAUUUGCAGCUAUUUCUUAGUUAAGAUUUCUGGACCCUCUUGUUGUUGAAUAUCAGUAGAAACUACAUCAUUUAGGGUGUGUGUAGGGCAUAAUGAUGAUGGGAAUUGUGUGAUGUUUAACAGCAAACUGUUGACUUUUGUGAUAUGAAGCCAUGUAAUUUUUUUCUAAUAUAAAAAUGAAUAUCCAUAUUCAUAAGACUAGGUCCUCAAUCUCUUUGUAUUGGCCUUAAACAUCCCAGCAUCUCUGCUUUAUGCCACAGUUGGUCCCCAGACAUUUUAUCAGUGAGGAGAAAUACAGAGAUAGGAUUUUUCUUUUGUUUCCCCUGUAACACUUCAACUAAUAGUAAUUUUAGCUCACAUUUAUUGAGCCAGGCUGUGUGAUAAUUUUUUUGAAUGAUGAUCUUGUUUAAUCCUCUUAAUAACCCUGUAUGAAGCAGGUGCUGUAGUGGUCCCUACCUGAAGGUGAGGGAGUGGAGACACGUGGUGGCUAAGCAGCUGGCUGGGUCCCAGGCAGCCAGCAGGUAGCGAUGCUGAAAUCCAGACCCAGGCAAUGUGGCUCUUACUCUUCUCCAUGCCGUACCACCAACGCCACCCUUCGUAGCCUGUACUUACCGUUCCCUUCUGGUGAAUAGGGCACCACACUGCGUAUGAACUGAGGAAUUAACCACUGAGAGAAACCACCACACCUAUGUAAUGAUGAACAAAUCAAGACCUAAAAAAUGGAAACACAUGCUGUUUCAGUGUCAUCAGUUAUCAGAGUCACAGAAUUUGAGCUGGUGAAAACUUGGGAUUCUCUGCAACUCCCCAAAGUCACUGUUCUUGAAUGGCAUUCUCAAACUUUAUUAAUGAGUGUGCUUAAUCCUUGCUUUCAGUUUCCCUCUCUGCAGCUUCUCUUGGUAUAGGAAAUUCUCUUACUCAUGCAGUGUUUUUUUAUAUAAGCUUUACAAGAAAUGCAUUCCCAUCCCAUUUACACUCUUACGGUAUGUUUUUGUUCUUCCUUAAGAAUGAUCAUGUGCAUGUGUGUAUGUAUGUGUAGCAUCAUGAGUUUUCUUUCUUCACUUGUAAAGUCUUAUCUACCUUCACAGAUUAUGUUGAGGUCAACAAAGAUAAUGUUCAAAGAUUCUGUUUUGGAUUUGGAUUUGUGUGUGUGUAUGUGUGUGUGUGUUUAAAGGAUUUGAUACAGUUUAAGUGUUUUUUAUACAGAGAUUUUUGUUCAUUAAAAUCAACCUGCAUCAUGGUCUAAUUUCUCUUGGUUUGAAACAAAUUAAAGACUUUCAAAUUGGAAAA